AUGCAAGUCCAUUUCGUUGCCCGGUUUCUCCCUUGGCAUCGACAUAUGGUAUUUCUCUACGACCAAGCUCUCCGUGAAUGUGGUUAUCAGGAUGGCAUUCCACACUGGAAUUGGAGUUUAGACUCUGCCGAUGCGAGCCGAUCACCGGUCUUUUCAAGUGACCCACAAGUUGGCUUUGGUGGCAAUGGCACGGGCCGCGUCGAUCCUCGAUUGCCAGAUGAUGGAGGCGCCCUUCAGACAGGUGCAUUUUCCAACUUCCAGUUAAUACAUCCGCUCCCUCACCUUUUACACCGCAAGUUCGAUACCAUGUCGGAUUUGUCCACAAACGACGUUCCAUACUUGGGUGAAUACUAUACGAGCAAUAGGGUAGCGGAGAUCCAGAAGAUACCGGAAUUCUUGGCCUACUCCAACGAACUGGAGGGCCACAACCCAAUGCUUUUCCCAGAUGCCACUACCUCCCCUCAUGCUGCCAUUCACACGUUCAUGGGUGGCGAAAUGCCCUCCUCAGUCUAUGCCGCAAAUGAAAUUGAUCUUGAUUGUUUUCCUUCCAGACUGUUUUUCCUCCAUCACGCGCACAUUGACAAACUAUGGGUCGAUUGGCAAAGGCGAGAUUGGAAUAAUCGCAAAAGAGCCUACCAUGGAAACAACAUCCGGGGAGAUCAGACAGAAGAUGCUUCACUCAAUGAUAGGAUGCCUUUCUUGGGUCUAGGCGGUCCAGAUCCAACUGUCCUUUCAGUGAUGGACACAACAGCUUAUCCCUAUUGCUAUACUUACGCGGAUUAA